UUCUUCUAAUUCUUCUUCUUCUUCUUCUUCUUGUUUCUGUCUUUCUCUUGUUUUGCUCUAUAAAUCCUUUAAAAAGAUUCAGCCUUUUAAUCUAUUUUUAACCUAGUUUUUUUUUUUUAAUUUCACUUUUCUGUUUCAUUUUCAACCCUAGUGUAAGUGUUUCUCUCCUUUUAUUGAAUUCUUGGUUUUGAAGUACUUUGUGAAUUUAAGGCUUUCUAAUGGUGAGCUAGCUGUUCAUUACCUUCCUUGUUUAAAGGUUCAAAGACUGAUCCGUGAAGCUAUUUAAUCUUCUUCAACAAGAGUAACAGAUCUGUUGUUUUUGGAUACAUAUAAGCAAAGAUCUGUGAACAAUCAUUUGCUGAAAAGAAUUAAAAAAAAAAUAAAAAGAAGCAAGGAAAAGAGAGAAGAGGAAAGGAAAAAAAACAAAAAAGAUAAAAUUUUUUAAGAGCUUGACACCUGUAAACUUACCCAACACAGUUUAAGUGGCUGAGACUGAAGCUGCCAUUGCUGCAGGCUUUGCUUUUGAGAGCUUUCUCUGUAACCUGCAAAAAAGCUUAAACAAGAGAGAAGCUAAGAAGAGGGUCAUUUCUUUUUCUCUCUCCUGACUUGGAGUGUGAUAUUUCGAAUCGUAAAAAAAGGUCUUUUUAUCACUACACAGCCAAAGUACUCUCUGAAUUAUCGUCAUCAAUGCAUAGGACACAGCAACCCCACCUUCUGCACUUCUUCUUCUACUACAACUACUAGCCUUCUUUCUUCAUUUCUCUCUCUCUUUUCAAAAGAACCCACUUAAGCUUUUGGUCUUCUUGUUUUUCUUUCUCUCUCUCCAUUUUAAGUACAAGAAAAGAUAAAGAAGGAAAGAAAGCUAAGGAAAGGAGAGAGGAGAGCAGAAGUUUUUAAAGGUGGAGUUUUUGAGUUCCUGUUUUGACAAAAGGAAUGAAAGUGCUAUGGAGGUGGAGGAGAUUCAGACACAACCACCCUGUAAGUUCCCUAGAGUUGGUAGUAAUGGCAGAAGUGAUACUACCAAAAUAGGCCAAAAAGGAAGUAAUAAUACUGGUACUGACCAUAACCAAUAUCCAGAUGAAGAAGAAGAUGGGGAACUCAUCAAACGGCCUAAUCUUGGCACUGGAGCUGGUGGCGAUGCUGGCAGCGCCAAUAAUAGACUCCGUGAGUGGCACCAUUCUUCCCGUAUAAUUAGGGUUGCUAGAGCAUCUGGUGGUAAAGAUAGGCACAGCAAAGUCUGGACCUCAAAGGGUCUAAGGGACCGGAGAGUACGACUAUCGGUAACCACAGCUAUACAAUUCUACGAUCUCCAAGAUCGUUUGGGCUAUGAUCAGCCAAGUAAAGCAGUUGAAUGGCUGAUUAAAGCAGCUGCAGAUUCAAUAAAUGAGCUCCCUUCUCUCAAUGGUUCUUUUCCUGAUACUCCUAAGCAAUUGAGUGAUGAGAAAAGAACUAGUGAUGGUACUGAACAAGCAUUUGAUUCCGCUGACGUAGAGCUUGAAGAUCCAAACUUUAACCAGAAUCAAAACCAACAUCUUUCUUUGUCUAAAUCUGCUUGUAGUAGCACUUCAGAUACUAGCAAAGGAUCAGGCUUAUCACUCUUGAGAUCUGAUAUUCGUGUUAAUCGUGUUAAGGCUCGCGAGAGAGCUAGGGAAAGAGCUGCAAAAGAGAAGGAGAAAGAGAAUGAGUCGCGCAACGCUGCUCAUCAACAGAAUAUGAACCAACCCAUUUCUCAAAACUCAACAUUUACUGAGCUUUUAACAGGUGGGAUUAGUAGUGUAAGUAAUAGCAACAAUAAUAAUGCUGCUGCUGCUGCUACUAGUCCUUCUGGUUCUGAGGUUAACCUGUUUCAUCACAAGGCAGCAGCAGCAGCCACGGCGAGGCAGUGGCCCUUGAUCCCAAUGGAUUACUUUGGAGGCACAGGGCUAUUAGGGCCUUCCUCGUCAAGAACAGCCCAUCAGUCCUCAGGGUUUCCCGGGCAAAUACAGUUAGGGAAUUCAAUCUCGCAAGCAAUGACAAUGUCAAUCCCACCAUUUAAUUUCUCUGGGGAGAGUCACCACCAGGAGCAGCAGCAGUUGCAGCAUUUUCCUUUUGUUUCCGAUCAUUUGAUCCCAGUGGCCACCACACAGUCAUCGUGUCCCGGUGGGGACUAUAAUCUCAACUUCACCAUUUCGUCAGGCCUUGCUGGUUUCAAUAGGGGGACCCUUCAGUCCAAUUCAUCAUCACACUCUCUUUUAAUGCCUCAUCUUCAGAGGUUUUCAUCUUCUUCUCCCAUAGAUGGUUCAACCAAUGUACCUUUUUUCAUCGGUGCUGCUAAUGCUGCUGCACCAUCUCCACCACCAAUGGAGAAUCAUCACCACUACCAUCAGUUCCCACCCGGGUUGCAUCUCUAUGGCGAUGGCAGCAGGCAUUCUGACCAGAAAGGCAAAGGAAAGAACUGAUCACUGCCUGAAAGAGCUCAUUUUUCUUUCUCCAUCUUCUUCCUGGAAUAUGAAGAUGGAGAAACAGCAGCCAGCCAAGCCCAGCCGUGAGCGAAUGGAAAUGGGUUCCUAGCAUUGGGGUGAUACCCAUAAAAUAUUAAGCUUCUGAGAAUUAUUGGUGUUCAGCUUUUAUCCAUUUUGAAGUCGUUCAGUUCAGCUAUAGCAUUCUCAUGUCAGGAUGCGAUUUAUGUAAUGCGUGCAAAGCGUUGUGUGUUUUUAUUUUUGGGAGAAAUAUGUCAAAACAAUUCGAUUUUGAAGUUGAUUCUUUUUUCCCUUGUCUAUGUUUAUUCUGAUAAUUGUCUAUAUAACCAACCAUUUGUUGAGCCAAGCUCUGCCCUGUCAAAGGAAUCUGCUUCUUGAA